CUGCAUACCUGUCAUGAUUGUACAGUACUGUCCACUGUCUCCAAAUCCUAAGAAAGUUAGCACACACUGGUUUGGACAAAACAAUAUCAACACUUUUAAAAAGCAAUAUAGUGCAACACCUGUGUAAUAAACACAUAUUUAGUUAAUUGUCCUUUUUGGCAAAACAACAAAAUAUCUAUCCAUCCAUCCAGUCUGUUACAUUUUCAUAUCACCAGAUUAUGAAAUUGUUACAUAAGACCCUACAGGAUUAAACAAGUCUACUUUCUCUGAUUGAUUCUGUGUCAAAUAAAUACCCUGUGCCUCGUGAUGUGGGGUCAGACAAGAAAACUAAGCUGGGAGCCGUUUCCUACAGGAGUCUCACUCUCAGGCUGUGCAGAGUCACGAUCUGAUUGGCUGAGGAGCGCACCAGUUCUGAGUAAAGCAAAGGAUGCCAGCGUGUUCAGGCAGUGCAUGGACGGAUGCAAGCAGGGGGACGACGACGAGACAGGGCGCACAUUAUUAUUAUUAUGGUGAUGCCUCACAGUUCUGACCAAGCUUUAAACUUUAUGAGACACUAUUUCACUGCAGGUAGAUGUAUUUCGGCACAUCCCGCUGCAAGUUAAGUGUGAUGUUUUGGCUGCAUGUUGUAAAAUCCCUCUCACCACCACCGCCGCCGCCGCCACUUAUACCGACACAUCCUCUCAGGAGUGAUGGGUUCUAAGUUGACCAGGCAGAGAAGUCUCGAUUUCGAGGGCAAAUUGUCCAAGAGGAGACGGCAGAGAAAUGACAUCCCCGGAGAGAGCGAGAGAAGUGGCGGCAGAGGCGGCGGGGACUUGUUGUUUACCUCCUUGAUGCUCAAGUCCGACAAGCUCCCAGGGAUGCUGCGGAAAACCAACCACAGCCCAUAUGUCAGACGGGUGACUUGGAUCCGGGAAAUCCAGAGGCUUCUCCGGGAGCAGAAGAUGGAGCAAGCAGCGGAAGUGCUCAAACUGCUGAGAAAGGACUUGGGCCUCCAGGGAACAUCUCUCAAUGACAUUUUGUACAAGAAUGCAGCUUUUCUCAACCUGGUGGACCCCAUUUCCCAUGAGCUGCUGCUCAGCCUGGCUCGGGACCUGCAGUGUCCAAAGAGGGAGACUGACUCCCUCAAGUCCACCAACAAGAUCUGCCGCCAGCUGAUUUACCACCUGACCCCUCACUCCAAGUGGACGAGACAGAGCGUGCCCAGGAGGAAGUCUCAGGCCUGUCUGAAGACCACCCUGAAGAAGAAACUGUCAGGAGAUGUGGUCAACUUGUCAGGCAUCCCACUGUCUGGCCGAGACGUCCACCGUGUGGCCUUUUACCUCCAGAGCAGCAGUGACGCGGUGUCGGCCGUGGACCUGAGCUUCACCGAGCUGCAGGAUGAGAGCUUACGGCUGCUGCUGCCUUACCUCAGCUGCCUGCCAAAACUCACCAUACUCGCAGUCAAUGGCAACCGCCUGACAGUGGCCAUCCUGAAGGACCUGACAGACACUGUAAAAGAUCCCAAGAAGUUCCCCAGCCUGGCCUGGAUUGACCUGGGCAACAAUGUUGAUAUCUUCACCGUGCCACAGCCGCUUCUCGUGGCCCUUCGGCGGCGCUUCGGCUUGCGCAGCAGCCUCCCCACCAUUUAUGAGUACAGUGAGGCGCAGGCAUUCGGUCGCUACAACCCAAACAUGGAGACCUCCGUGGAGGAGCCCAGUCUCUACGAGGAGGGAGAUGUAGAGGAUGAUGAUAGAGAGGAGGAGGAGGACAGGCUGGAGCUUCAAGCCUGGGGCUUUGGAGAAGAAAACAUGUCAAAAAAUGUGCCGCUGCACCUCUGUGGGAGGUGAUCGCCCCGAGCUGCUUUCUUUUAAACUGGCAGCCCCUUAUAUCCCUCUGUACCACCUCACCCUGAGCCUAGCCUCCUGUGUUAGCAGGUGUCAUUGUGGCAGAAGAUGCUCACAGUGACCCACAUGUUUCUGAAAAUAACUUUCAAAUAAGUAACUGUGUUGUGUUUCCCUCUGGAUGCUCUGUCUGCUGAAACCCAGCAAUGCAGUGCAGACAUCUCAGUGUUUGUACAGACAAUAAGAAUAUAUUUAUAUGGAUUGAUUUCACCCUCAUGUAUCCAAGAGAAGCUAAACUGAACUCAACAGGCUUGCUGUUUUCAGGUGCUUUAUGUCCCUAAAGUUUUGUGCUCUCACACCUCGAUGUUUCCUGUUAUCUGCCACUGUCCAUUGGAGCAGCUGGGGGUUAAGUGCCUUGCACAAGGGCACCUCAGCAGUAGCUGUUGAGGACUAGAUGAGCGCUACUAAUUCCCAUUCCCCGCACACUAUUUUUUUCUAGCUAGUUUGGCCUCUCUGACAACUUUGCCUCUGCUGCCCCCGUUUCUGUGAGAAGUCUGAAUAAAGCAAAGUAACUAAAUGUCCUACUUAAGAAAUCAAUUGGUUUAAUUUCAACUGAUGCUCUUGCCAUGGUAUUUAUAUUUUUAGUAAGAGCUCAGCUGCAGUGAGAUUGUGUUCACAUAAAAUACACUUCCAGUGUUUUUUUCUGUUGGGUCACAGCACUCAUUCAGUUAUUUUUUAAAUAAAUCACGACUUAGUAUAAAUAAAUGAAACGUGCUGAAUCCAUUUUUAUUUAUAUUCCAGCCACUGGUCCUUCAGCACAUGUUGAUCUACCAAUGCUGCAGCUGAAUUGAGAGAAGCCCCAGUCUGAUACACACAUGCAGACAUGCAGAUGACACACACGCAGCGUUUGGUCGUGAGCUGCCGAUGAACUGAUUACUGCCUCUAUCGGGUCUCGUCAGGCCCCUCCAGUCACAGAUGGCGAGCAGGAGAUCUUUUUUUUUCCAACUAAAUAGGACUAGCCCCAGAUAAUUUUGUCCACUGGUGGUUCAUGAGCGAUUCUAUUUAUGAAUCACACCAUAAGCAAACCAGAGAGAUGCCUGCUCUGUUUUUAAAGGCAUACACAGAAUUGGCAUCACAAACAGCUCUGCUUCUGUCUUCUUCCUCUGUGGUGCUACAGUCUGCACAUAAAUCUUUGUUGUGGCAUGAAUAAACUGCAUCGUUUUUUUUGUUUUGUUUUGUUUUUUUAGAUGUGUAGUUGUCAUCUUUUUGUUUUGUUUUUAAAAAUGGGCAUGACUGUUCACUGUAGCACAACAUCAGACUCCAUAGAGAAAUGUAUGUAAAUGUAUGUAAUGUAUGUACAUUGAUAUCCCAAUAAAUUUUAGAUUCUUUUUGUGGGUGGGUUGGAUAAAAAAUGCAACAUGUCAACACAACUCUACAAGAGCCCACACUUUCACUGUCCUGCCUACAGAUGUUAAUGUGUUCUCUUUCCAUGCUAUUAUUCAGGAAAAUCUGUUUAUUUGUGUUUACAGGGAUAUUAAUGAACAGGAUGCUUGGUUUGUGUGUGUGUGUGUGUGUGUGUGUAUGAGAGCAUAAUUAGAGUGUGAGCCUGUGUGCAUGAGUGUGUUCUGGACAUGCAGAGUAAAUUACUACCUUUGAUCAUAGAAAUGAAAUGUUUACUCAUUUGCACUUUAAGGACAGCUCCGUCCCUGAAUACACAAGCUUUGUUUUUCUGUGUUGUUGUUGACAUAAAAAGCAUACUGAGUCAUUCACAUCCUAAAGUAAAUGUUUAAGUUAUUGAUAACUCAUCAGCCUUGAUACAAAUUACUGUCAUGAUAACAUUCAUUUGUAAAUUUAUUUAAUUUCACCCCCAUGGCUCAUUAAAUUAUGGCUCGCUUUUAAAAUAAAAGUGAUGUUUGCCUGCCGUUGCUUAUGAAAUAAACACGAUUUGUUUGCCUUUUGUGGA